UCUGCCUCCAACUUUAAAGCCCUCAUUUAAUUAAUUCCUUCCUUCUAAGUUGCAUAAAGAUUGCAUUAAUUUAUUCUUUUCUUCCCUUGCAUUAGCUUUUAUUGGUAUAAUAGUAUUUUACCUUUUUCCCACACAUAUAUUAUAUAUAGAGUCCCGUAUGAUCAACUUCACUUCCACCCACAAAUAGUCAUAAAGAAUCCUAAAUUAAAUAACAAAAAUGUCCACCCAUUUCCAUGCAAGUAGUGCUUCUACUGCUACUAUGAUCCCAUUUCUAUACGAACAUGUGUCCAAUAGCAGUACAAAUUCGGUUGCCUGUCUAAAACAAAACUGGAAAGAUCAUAUAAAACACGGGGACGUACCCGCGAUGGACGAACAAGGAAACACAUUCCUCCACUUACUCGCGUCGCAUGGGAAUGCCAACGCGAUUUCUAUGCUCCUGAAUGAUCGGUUGGUGACAAACGAGCAGCUCCUAAUGGGAAACAAAAUAGGGGACACCCCUUUGCACCAAGCGGCUAGGUUUGGCAAGAAGGAUGCCGCCAAGGCUCUAAUUGGGGAGGUUGGUGAUCGUAAUCAUCGGGAACUCUGUUUGGCUCGCAACAGCUGGGGAGAGACGCCUGCUUAUGUUGCCGCGGCUUAUGGGUGGGAGGAGUUGUUUUAUUUUCUUAAGGAGAAUUCAGAUUAUAAUGUUAUGGUACUUGGAAGGAAGGAUGGAUGGACCAUUCUUCAUGCAGUUGUCAUGGCUGAACAUUAUGAUUUUGCAUUAAAAAUAGUAAAGGAAUAUCCAGAGCUUGCGGAUAGACGUGACAAUGAAGGAAUGACAGCAUUACACAUUAUGGCUUCAAAACCAAAUACUUUCAGAAGUGGCUCUCAAUAUACAUUUAUUAACUUGGGCCGUGGAACCUUCAUCCCCCAACAAUUCAUUGCAAUUCUAAUCUAUUGUUGUGCUCCACCGAUGAAAUGUGAUAUUGUGAAGAAGACAUUGUCGUUGUUGUCGUCGAGUGAUGCAGAGGAUCCUAAUGAGGCCAAUCUUUCUUCUUCUCAUUCUUUAUUCUCAACUCUAUUAUCAAAAUUAUGUUCUGGAUAUGUGAAGAUCUUCACAGCUUUCCCCGCUAUUAGAGAAUUAUACGAUACCAAGAAAAAACAUUUGUACGCGGAAAUAUUGGCGAAGGAGCUAAUACUAAAAGAAAUGAAAAAAUGGAGCCUCAUUUCUAAUUUCGAAUAUAAAAAUAGCCUGUGUAACGCACCACAAGUUGAAAUUCGGUCUCGUCUACAAGUUAGGAAUGAAAUCUUGGAGCAAGUUGAGGAAAGGGUUCCGGUUGAAGCAAAUGAGAAUGGAAAGAAGAAGAGGGUAAUGGAGAUGUAUGACUAUGUGGAGAAGGUCGGGGAACCAUCGAGAAAGAAACAAGCCCCAUCGAAUCCUCUAAUAGAAGCGGCUAGGAAUGGGAUAAUAGAGUUGGUGAGGCUGAUCGUGGAGAAUUCUCCUCAUGUUGCAAAUGCUAUGGUGGAUGAGGAUGGAAGAAAUGUGUUGCACGUGGUGGCGGAGAGUAAGAAUAUAUAUCUAUACGAGUACUUGAAUAAGAGUCCUCAUAUCGAUUGGGAUAUGUUGCGAAUGGCAGUUGAUCGGUUCGGAAACACAAUUUGGCAUCUUGCUGCUGAUUGUGGAAAGGGUCCUGGGGUGCUUUUCGGACCGAAUAACUUCAUGACAUGGGAUACAUUUUGGUUUAAGUUUGUCAAGAGAGAUUGCUAUCCUUACCUACAGGAGCAUCGCAACUCCGAGGGUUUAACAGCUAAUGAACUCUUUGAGUCAAAACAUAAAACCUUAAGAGAAGAAGCGGCGACAGAAGCCAAGGACAUGAACCAAGGUCUGAUGCUGGUGGCGACACUAAUUGGAACAGUAAAUUACUCUGCCCUACUCACAAUUCCAGGAGGUUACAAGGAUAAUGGCAAACCGAUCUUUGAACAAAAAGGAAGCUUAGUCCAACAGGAUCUCUUAAGAUUCAUGAUCUACGUAGCAGCUGCACUCCUUGCCUCCAUAUUUGCCCUCGGGUCCCAGCUGGCGAUACAGUUGUCGCGGUUUCUAUACGACGAAUUCUUCUUUUCGUUAUCGUUCAAAUAUGUAUUGGCAAUGACAUCGCUGUUCUACGCUACUAACUUCACGGUGCUGACUUGUGUCCAGGUUUUCGUGUUGCAAGGGAUAUUGAAAACCAGUAAGUGGUAUUCAUUCUUCUGGUGGCCUUGUGUGUGUGCUGUCCUAGUCUAUAUAGAUGCCAUGUACUUGACAUUUAACUAUAUUUACUUUCUAUAUCUCUUCUUUUGCACCAACAAGGAUAGAAGACAAAAGACCUACAAAGGCAUUUCCAAGUAUUUGUACGAGAAGAAAUAGUCAUAUUAUCCUCAAUAAUAAUAAUGCAUAUGAUGAAUUUUACGAAUAUGUUUUUGGCACCAUAUAUGGAGUCUUUGUCUUUGUCAUUUUUAUUUUUAUUUGAUGUGUUUUUAGGCAUCCCGGCCCUGAGAUUCCUUGAAA